AUGUCACCGACAAAGAAGCCUGCCUCUUCUGAAAUGAAGUAUAAAGGUUCCUUUUCCUAUAAGAACGACAACAUAAAUGCUGUCAGAUUUGGCCGCGACAUCAAUAUGAGGAUGGAAAGAGUGAACAAUGAUGUCGCAAGGAUCUACUUUGUAGACGAUCGAGGGACCAACAUCCAGAUUCCGAAUGGAUUUGUUCUUAGAGAUAAUAUCGCGAACGAAAACGUGAUUAUCGAAAGCAACCCUAGGUUGGGAAACACUGAGAAGGAAUACUUUAUAAAAAGACUAGUCGAACCUAAAG